CCAACGAACACAACGACCAACGUGAACAGCAACACGACAAAUACAAACAAACUUUCACUCAAGUCUGGUUAUAAGGGCUGACUUUUAAGCGAAUAUAUUUUUUCUGUUAAGUUUCAUUUCGCUUUUAGCCAGGUAAAGGUUUAAGCAAAGCGAGCUUCAUUCAGAAGCCUGAAACAUCAGUUAAGUUAGCUACCAAACACUACGUUGUUAGGUACCCUAGUUAACCUAGGUUAGUUAGGUUAGCGUUACUUUCAGCUUAUAGUUCGCCUCGAAAGUAUCAUGUCUUUAAUGUCCAGUAAAUAAUGAUGUCAGGUUUAGGUUUUAGUAAACUGGAAAAUAUUUUCACAGAGUUCUUAUAGAGUUGUACGACUGAAACAGUCUCUCAAAACUCACAAUGGACACCUAUAACCUCGACCUGAAAAACAGCCUCACUGCUCCUGUAAGUAAAUCAGUAAAACAUUUGCUGAACGAAUUCAAAAGUCUCUACGAGGAGAAGCUGAAGCGUCUCGAGUGUGAAAUCAAAUGUGGCUCACGAGAGGAGAGUCUGCGGAUGAAGGUUCGUAUCCUGCACUCGUAUGUGAAUGACCUGAGUGACCAGAAUCAAGUCUUAGUCCAGACAGUGGAGGACCUUGAGAAAGAAGCAAGUGAGAAGGUCGCCGGCUUGGAAGUGAAAUUACAGGCUGCGGAUAAAACCAUUGAUGAUUUGGACCAUGAGAGGAGGUGCCUUGAGGAGGACAACAGGCAUCUGAGAGCUGAGCUCCGAGCGCUGAAGGCUGACACUUUCACUCUUGCACAGGUCACGGGGGUUACCUUACAGACAGUGCCAUUGGAGAGGACCACUGACCGCUCAGCUUGCAGGGCUCAGUCACCGCAGAAGCCAGGGGACCUUAUGAAGGCUCAGGUGGAGGAUCUGCGGAAUCAGCUGAAGGCCAAGAACGGGAUUAUUCAAAGUCUGCAAGAGGAAAUUAAGACGCUUUUGUUCCACAGUGCCCAGAAGAAGAAUGAGUUGUUGGAGAAGAAGGAAGCCAUGCUGCUGCUGCGGAAGCCAGAGCUGGAGACGGCUCAGAUCACCAGCGGAGAUGUCAUCGGCAAACCACGCUCUGUGCUUUGGGUAGCGCACCAGGAAGCAGUAGCCUCUGAUGGAGAGGGCAGGAGGGUUGUGGAGGUGCCAGCUGAGGUUGGAAACCCAAAAGAGGAGCGAGCACACAAACCCAGCGAGCAGUUGCAGAAGCAUGAGGGGAUUGUGGGUAGAGUCCUGAACUCUCAGAGACAGAACGAGCUGGAGGUGUCCAAACUGACCUCUCGGGUAGAACAUCCACAGCUUCAUCAGGGCAAGGCCAGGAACUCCAGCACGCACUCCACGAGCCAGGACCCCCGCGAACAGAAGCUUUGCGGGCCGGACAAUAGCGGGCCUUGUGAAGCGGACCGGGCCGUUCUGCAGGAUCCUUCUGAGGGCCUUCAAUGGAAUUUCAGCCACCAGCAAGAGCGCCUCCUUCAGAGCCACAAACAGCUCUGCUUGAAACGCGAGCAGGUGAAAAGAAGAGAAGAAAAGGCCAAAGCAGCCAGCCCCGAGCUGCGGGAGCGAGAGGAGAGGAUGCGGCAGUUGCAGCUGGACACAACCUCUCUACAGGCCACUCAGAAUUGCGUGAGGAGGACCCUGGCUGGGAAAGAGCAGCAGCCGGUUAAAGAGCACGGCCACACCCUUCAGAGCCUCCAAAACCAGUUGCAGACCAGCAAGGAGAAAGUUAAUAGCCUGGGUUUAGAAGUCGGCCUGCUCAAGUCCAAAUUACAGGAAAAGACGGAACAAUCUCAACAGCUGCGAGAUCAAAUUCUCAAGCAGCAGGAGGCUUUAAGUAGGGCAAGCGCAACUCUUAAAGACACCAGGAGAGCAGCUGGCAAUAAGAUACACAAGAGAGAAAACAAGCUGUCUGUGGCCCAGAAGCAAUUACAGGAGGCCAAAAAACAGCUCGCUGACUGUAAAGAAGAGUGUCUCCAGAAGCAGAAGGAGCUGGAGAAGCUGCAGGAGGAGAAUGCAGAGCUGGUAGUCCAGUUGAAGGAGCACUCUCAGGAGCUCCACAGGCAGAGCAGUGAGAAGAGGAAAGUGGAGCUGGAGCUCGCUGUAAUCACUGAAAAACACAGAACCAACCAACAAGAGGUGGCUGGCCAGGAUCAGGUGAUUCUCCAGCUGAAAACGGAGCUCAGAGUCUCUGAGGAGAAGCUUCAGGGAGCACAGAAGGAGCUGGUGCUGCAGGAGGCUGAGGUCAGCAGGCUUAAUGAGAGGGUAAGGAGGCAGCAGGAGCAGUUACAGGAGCUGAGCGAGACGUGUCGCCAAGGAGACGCCCAACUGGACCUGAAAGAGCGGGACAGGCAGCAGCUACAGAGUCAACUGCAGCUCACCCAGCAACAGCUGAAGCAUCAGACUGAGCGGAGGGAGCGGACAGAGGGAGAACUGACCACUUCUCGGCAGGGUCAUGCUGCUGAUACAGAACGCUGGAGCCACAGGAACCUGCUGCUUCAGAAGCAGCUCCAGCAGGUCCAGGAGCAGAGCGCUCAGCACAGCCUCAUUCUUCUCGAGCUCAGAGACAACCUCGACCAGUCCCGGCAUGCACUGCAGCUAAGCCAAGAGAAGAUAACAGAAUAUGAGGAACUGUUGAAGGAGCAUGAUGGUCAGAUGAGCCUCGUGAAGCAGCAGCUGGAGGAGGUUCAGGAAGAGCUGAGAGAGAGCAGGACGUCUGCCCAGAGCCACCAGUCCACAGCCGACAUCUUCAAACAGAAAUACAUGGCAGCCAUGGAGAAAGUUCAGCAGCUGCAGGCCCAGAGCCAGAGAAUGGAGGAAGAUGCACAGCUUUCUAAGAAGCAGGCUGAGGAGGCCCAAGCAGAGGUUAGCAGUUUGAGAAAUGAAAUGUCCAGUCUGGAGUGUCGCUACAAGAAGAAAGCCAGCCAAAUGGAGCACUGGGAAGAGGCAGUGGAGCAGCUAAUGGAGGAGCUUCAGGCCGCCCUGGACAGCCUGAGGACUCGAGAAGAGAGAAGCCUCUGGUGCGAAGAGGAGAUGCAGAGAUUAAGAGUGGAAGUGGACAGUCAGCAAAAGCAGAUAUGUGGUUAUGAGGGGAAAUGUCUCCAGCUGCAGACGGACUUCACAUCUUACCAGGGUGACCACAGUUGUUCCAAUGAGGCAUAUGAAGCCCUACAGAAGCAGCUCGAUCUCUGCCAGAAGGCCCUGCAGCAGAGAGAGGAGGAGGUGGUACAAGUGAAGGCCGAGUUGCAGCACACGCUGCUGACUCUCCACAGCAGAAGUGAAGAGGUGCAGGAGGUCCGUGAGGAGGUGCAGAAGAUGCUGGAAGAGAAGAAGCAAAGUGAGGAGGAAAACCAGGCCGUGAGAAACCAGCUCAGACUACUGGACCAACAGCUUCAGCAGCUUUUUGCACUCUAUCCAGAUACAGCUGAUUCUGUAGCAGGACAGGAGGAGAGGGCAGUGUUGUUAUCAUCCAGUCUGAGGACCACAGAAAAGCAGCUGAGUGAGAGUCUGGAGCAGAGACAGAAACAGAGCAGUUAUCAGCUCACCCAGCUACAAGAUCUUCUACAGAAGCUUCAAAUGGAGGCCAGCGUUUCUCAGAAAUCUCUACAGAAAGCUCUAGAAGACACAGCGGAGCAGCAGAGACGCAGCUGUGAGGCCGUGGCUGAAAGAGACGAAGCCAGAGAGCAGAUGAGGCAGCAGGAGGCCUUGGUGUGUAAGCUGAGAGAGGAGCUGGAGCAGGAACACAGCCGCUAUGAAGAACAGCAGCAUCGGUUAAGCAAACUGAAGCUCCACAUGGCCGACAUGGGUACGGAGAUGGACAGCCUGAGAAUCACAACACAAUAUGCAAGUGAUGCACUGGUGAAGAGCUAUGAGGAGAGGAUUUUGGAGCAGAGCCAACAGCCCCAGCAAGGCCAGAGAGAGUGCCAGGAGAGCCUAGAGGAGCAUCAUGUCCUGUUGAAGAGGGAGCAUGCCAUCCUGCAGGAGAAAUAUGAGCACAGUGUUCGAGAGCUGCAGCAGUUGAGUGUGACCCUAGAGGAAGCCCUCACUGAUAAGACACACCUCCAGCAGGAGAGAAUGCAGCUUGUGACCGUCAUCAGCCACUGGAUCAAACAGCACAAGACUGCUAGUGAAAGUCUGGCCAGACGAAUCAAAGAACAGAACUGGCUUUUGGCGGCCAUCAGCAGAGAGAAAGAGCAUCUGCAGCAGUGCAGAGAUUCAUCAGAGGAGGAGCUAAGGAGGUUGAGCGUCCAGGUGGAGGAGAGAGAGCGAGAGAUCCAGCAAUUGAAGGCCAUCCACAGUCACUCUGCUAAUCAGCAAGCACUUGUUAAUCAGCUGCGAGGUCAUGUGGAGGUUGAGGAGUGAGAAUACCAAAAGAAGAUGUGUGUGUUGGGAAGGUGGAGGUGGUGAUGGAAACAGAUGACAUCUGGUUUAUCAUGUAGAGUCGCAACUUGAUAUAUAAUUUUGUUUUUCCCAAUAUGUUAAAUUUAGCAACUAAGCAGUAAUUUUGCAUUAAAAUUAAAGUACAGAAGUGUGCUCUCUAUAAGGGAUGUAUUAACUUAUUUUCACGUAGAAAAUCAACAAAACAUGUCAUUUGACCAGGGGUGCCUAAAUUUUACAUGCAACUGUUUUAAAUACUUAUGUUUUAGUUGGAGGUAGAUCACAAUAUAUUCUUUUUUAAUCAUUAUCAUGAUAUUGGCCUUUCUAAUAUGCUCGUUUCAGACAAUCAGCAUCUUUAAAUCCAAAAUGGGGAAAUUCUGGAAGUAUGCUUUAUAAACAUGCGAUCACUUAUUCCAUACUGAUGUACUACAUGACACCUGACCAUCACACUUCACAUUACACAUGUCUUGUUACACAUCCCAUCCCAUGGGCAUCAAUGUGGAGUUGCAAAUGAGCCCUAAGAUCAAUCACAUUGUUUUUUACUGUGCUCUUUCAGCAUCUUAAUCAGUCACAGUUCCACUCCUUAUGGCUGCAGUGUGACUGGGCAGGGCUAAACUGCAGGAGACUGAAUAGGAGAAUAUAUUGUAUAUGUGUUGUUUUUUGUGAUAUCAUAAAAACAAGUACUUCAGAUCAGGCUGUUUGUACAGUGUAGUUUCUGUAUAUGGGCCAUAGAGGGGAGAAUAAAUGAUAGAUACCAUAUCACA